AAGGGCUAAUCUAGGCCAGCUGUAGACGUCGCUCAUACACACGGUGGGCUGGAAACUGUAUAUUCCUACCCCUUAGCUCUCCUUGCGGGCUGACGGCCUUUCCGAGUUUCUUGCCUCUGAGACUUCUGAGUGUGUUGCUUCCACCCACCCCCUUCUGCCAUGGCUUCCUGGAAAGCCCUGACAAUGGGCCUCCUUCUGGUCCUGCUCUGCUCAUUCAGGCUCCCUAGAGCCCUGGGAGAGGAACAGCACCACCAUCACGAACACCACCAUGGAAGCCAGCAUGAGGGCGAACGCCAUCACCACCAUGGACAGCAUGAUGCUGAUGACGACGGCGAUCAUUAUCACCGUGCCAGCCACCUUCAUGAAGCAGGGCAUCAGCAAGGAGGCCACCAUCCUCACCAUGAUGAUGAUGAUGAUGACGAUGACGAUGAGGAACACCAUCAUCACCACACUGGACAUCACCAUGCAGAGCACCAUCAUCACCACAGUUCCCACCACGAUGAUGAUGAUGACGACGAUGAUGAUGAUGACCACCACCAUGGCAAGCAUCAUCAGCACCAUGAACAUCAUGGUGACCAUCACCACCAUCAUGACGAUGAUGAUGAUGAUGACGAUGAUGACGACCACCAUGACCACCAUGGCAAGCAUCAUCAUCACCAUGAACACCAUGGUAACCAUCACCAUGACGAUGAUGAUGACGAUGAUGAUGAUGACCACCAUGACCAUCAUGGAAAGCAUCAUCAUCACCAUGAACACCAUGGUAACCAUCACCAUAAUGAUGAUGAUGAUGAUGACGACGAUGACCACCAUGGCAAACAUCACCAUGAACACCAUGGUGACCACCAUCACCAUGAUGAUGAUGGUAAUGAUAACGACGAUGACGAUGACCACCAUGGCAAACAUCACCACCAUCACGAACAUCAUGGUGACCAUCACCACCAUCACGAGCAUGAUGAUGAUGAAGAUGAUGACGAUGAUGAUGAUGAACACGACCACCACCAUCAGAAACAUCAUGGUAGCCACCACCACCAUGAUGAUGAUGAUGAUGACGAUGACGACAGUGAUGAAGAGGAACACCAUCAUCAUGAACAUCAUGCUCACCACCAUCACCAUGAGGAUGAUGACGACGACAGUGAAGAAGAAGAAGAGCAUGCCGGUCAUCACCAUCACCACGAUGACGAUGACCAGGAAGAGGCCCACAGGCACCAUCACCAUAAGGAAGCUGACGAGGGCAAAGAGCACCGCCACCAUCACCAUCACCAUGGUGACGAGGAAGACGAGUCUCAUGAAACGGAGUCCAAGGAAGAGGAGGAGGAUGAAGGGCACAAACACAAGCACCCCAGGCACGAAGGCCAUGACAAGGCCAAGAAGCACCACAAAGAGGGAGAAGAAGAGGAAGACGACGAGGAUGACGAGGAUGAGGAAGAGUACGAGGCAGGCUCUCUGUGCCACUACUGUGCCUUCUGCAAGGAUUGCGACAAGUGUGACAAGUGCCCCUGCAAAGAAGGAGACAGCAGCGAAUACUGCGCAAGCUGCCAGUAUUGCCAUUUCUGUUACGUUUGCCCUGUGUGCGAGGCGGCCUGUGCACCCGGGAGCAUCGUGGAUGAAUUAUCUGGAGCCUUAUUUCAGACAUUUGCCACCAUCUUUGAGCAGCAGGAGCAUUGAAGCGCCCCCUGGUGGAGAAACCAAAGUUAGGAGGGGGAGGGGAACCAGGUGACCCUUGAUAUAUAUUUUUUGAGCCAAACUGCGUGUGAUGGAAGAUUCCACGAUUCUUUCUUCCGGAGGUUGUUUCCCCACCCAUCAUUGUCCUCUCAAAAACGUACCCCUGUUGUUUUUCUCCCAUGGGGUCCUUUUAUCCCCCACAUCUGGAAAAUCUGCUGGGAGUUUGUUUUGAGAGGAUACCCGAUGGCAAGAAGGGAGAGGGUUAAGCAGCUGGACUUUACCCAACCCCCUACUUCCAACUUCUGCCUCUCCCAGGACUUUUCAUUCUUAAAAAAGCAGCUGUUGGAAGACACGCAAUUUCAGAACUGGCAGUCUUGUGUAGUCUGGCUUUUAUAAUUAGCUGGGAGGCCAUCGCAGGUAGGCUGCGGCCUGAUGAGCAAGAAGGGUGACCCGCAUUUACUGAGCAAAUCCACCCUGGGGCAAGGGAUUACUAACACCUCAGUGAUGUACGUUUCCCCAGCCUUUGAAUAAGUUUGAGCAAUAGCUCUCCUGAGCAAUAGGUUUCCUGUUCAUGCCUCAGCCCCUAGGCAGGGAAUCUGUGGUUCUCUGGAUGUUAUUGGACUCCAGCUCCCAUGAUCCCUCAUAUUGGCUCUGCUGGCUUGGCGUUGAUGGCAACUGGGGUCCAGCAACAGUGGGGCAGCUGCAAUUUCCCCCUCUCAGCCUCAACUGAACAGGCAGUGGGGCAACUCACCCCGUGCAAUUUUGAACCUUUGGGCUACUUGCUGCAGAAUUGCACACCGACCAGCUUCCAGAUGUUUUCCUUUGAAAUGUCUCUUCGGAAACGUUUGUGCUUGAUCUGUGGUGAUGGUAUGGUGUGGCAUUAGUUGUUCACAGAUGGGUGUUGCAUACGCUGCAACAUUUCUUCGAUGAAAAUAGAGGUGUCCUAUUAAUAAUAAUAAUAAUAAUAAUAAUAAUAAUAAUAAUAAUUUCAUUAUUUAUACCCUAC